AUGACGUCAAUAAAUACAACAUCUCAAGUCGCUCGAACCUCGCCGUCGCCCCGGCCCUCCAACCCUACUCCUCGCCCCGAGACACCCGCGCUGCCUUCGCCGCCCGACCUCCGCGACCAUGUAUACAAGAUCCCUUCGAGACGAAUUCUAUCACAGAAAGAUCACGAGCUGUUUCUCUCGUCGCCCACUUACAGCCUAAUCCUUGCCUUCGUCUUCAGCCUCUCCGAAUCCGUCGAAGAUACACCUCGCUCUGCUGUCAAAGACGGCGAAAUCAGUCCUACACUCCAUUCGAUUCUUCGAAUACUCGACGAAGCCGACGAUCUCGUCAGGGAUUCACCACCAGACGACCAAGGUGGCUCGCGCUUUGGAAACAAGGCUUUCCGAACCUUCCUGGAUUUGGUGAAGGAGAAGGCUGCCAUAUGGCAGAGUCAGCUCGGCGUCAGUAAGGCGGCGAACGAUGAAGUGGCGGUCUACUUGGAACACUCUUUCGGAAAUAGGAUGCGGAUAGACUAUGGUUCAGGACACGAGCUCAACUUCAUCAUGUGGCUGCUGUGCCUCUAUCAGCUCCGAAUCAUCACCAAAGACGACUUUCGGCCCCUUGUGCUCAAAAUCUUUGAGCGGUAUUUGAAACUCAUGCGGAACGUCCAGUUGACAUACUAUCUGGAGCCUGCGGGUUCGCAUGGUGUCUGGGGCCUGGACGAUUACCAAUUUCUUCCGUUCUUAUUCGGUGCCUCCCAACUUCUCCAUCACCCCUUCAUCACGCCACUGGCGAUCCACCAGGAUCUUACACUGGAAGAGUUCAGCCACGAUUUCCUGUAUCUCGGCCAAGUCAACUUCGUCAACGACACUAAGACGGUCAAGGGCCUGCGGUGGCACAGUCCCAUGCUGGACGACAUUUCUGCCGCCAAGUCGUGGACCAAGGUGGAAGGGGGCAUGCGCCGGAUGUUUGUCGCCGAGGUUUUGAGGAAACUGCCUGUCAUGCAGCAUUUCCUCUUUGGCUCGCUCGUGCCGGCGGUGGAUGGCAUGAGCACAGAGCAAGAUUUCGGGCUAGAGGACGAGGAACAUGAGGAGGAAGGGGGCGAGAUCUUGCCCGGAAACGUUGGCAAGCACAAACAUCAGCAUGUGGGCUGGGGCGAUUGCUGCGGCAUCAAGGUCCCGAGUAGUGUUGCUGCGGCGCAAGAAAUGAAGAAAAGGGGAGCUCGUGAGGCUCUUCGUAGAAUACCCUUUGAUUAA